AUGUCAUCUUCUGGCAAAUCCUCCUUCUUUUCGAGGAAUAGGAAGGAUAAAAGAAAUGCCAGUGACGAAGGACGACAACUUUCUUCUGCAGGUACAGGAAACAACGAUGCAGCAAGUGGCAGAGGGUCGACGUCUUCAAGACAUGCUAGAAUGUCCUCUGUUGCCUCGGAAGAUACUCCUGGAUCGCCUGGUGCAGACUUGACGGGGAUUAAUAUGAUGGCGGGUGUAAUUACUUCAAUUCCAUACGACAGUGUAAUGGCGGAUGGUAGAUCACCAAUACCAGUGGAUUAUCUACCCAGGAGCGAUCAGAUGCCAUUAAGAAGGGAACCACUCCCACAUCAUUUGAAUAUGAAUGGAAUGGAUUUUCAUCAGUACCCCGCUUCAGACACAGCAUCUAUUAAUGGCAGUUCACAUCCCACAGGCCCGCGAGCUCCACCGGUGGGAAAUGUAACAAUGGCAUCAACUGGAAAUCGUACAGCUCAGUUACAGCAGUGGGGCCCCAAUAGGACCAGUAUUGCAAGCACGGUAAAUGGAAGUCACAAUUCAAGAUACGAUUCCUAUUCUACAAAUCAAUCCUCGAAUUAUGGCGGUCGCGUAUCCUUCGAUCAACAAAGUGUGGAUUCGAUGACGGAAAGAUCCAGCGUUCUUUCAUCAGGGAGCUCCUCAAAAACAGCUUUACCAGGUUCCUAUUCGAAUAGUUCGUUAUCGCCGUCAUAUCAACCAGGUGCCGGGAAAGACACUCCACGUCUGACAAAAUUACCUCAACAUCUUAGCACAGGAUAUAGUUCGCCAACGGUCGCUUCGCCGGAUGGAUUUAAACUCAACAAACCAAACGAUGACAGGGUUAUUGAAGAGCAAUUCUUAUCAUUGAUGCAGAAACGAGGAUGGCACAAUUUACCAGAUCAAGCGCGCCGGCAAAUGAUGGCAUACACACCCGCGAAGAAAUGGACUCUGGUACAUCAAGAUCGCUUAACCGAAUGGCAAGGAGAACAAAAGAGACGAACGAACGCCAAGCACACGGGUCAAUAUGGUUCUGCUAUGGAAAUGCUCCUCAAUGCGGAGGAGGAAGGAACUCCAGAAUGGUUUGUAAGGAAAGUCAUGGAUAAUAGCAUCUCGGCAAAGCAAUUACAGAGUCUCGCAGGACCAACUGGGCCAGAAGGGUCAAUUAGUGACAAGGAUCUGGAUAGGGAAUAUGAUAUCUGCAAGUGUCUGAAGGCUUUGAUGAACAACAAAUUCGGUGCCGACGAUGCUUUACAACAUCAACAAGUCAUUGUGGCUUUGGCCACAUCCCUGGUAUCUCCCAGGAUCCCAACGAGAAGGGUUGCCAGUGAAGUUUUGACUUUCUUGUGUCAUUGGGCAGAUGGGCAGGGUCAUUUGAAGGUCGUUCAGGCCAUGGACUAUGUGAAAAAUCAACAGGGUGAAAAUGGACGUUUCGAUGCAUGGAUGCGUGUUGUUGAAGUCACAGUUGAUGGGCGAGGAAAGAUGGGAAGUCUUGUGGGUGCUAGCGAGGAGGUUAGAAGUGGUGGUGCGGGCAUGGAGAAUCUACUCAUGGAAUAUGCUUUGACGACUAUGUUCUUGAUUAACAUGAUCGUUGAUGCUCCCGAGAGGGAUUUACAGCUUCGUGUUCACAUUCGAGCUCAGUUUACAGCAUGCGGUAUCAAGCGGAUUCUUACGAAGAUGGAAGGUUUCCAAUACGAUGUCCUCGACAAGCAAAUUGAAAGAUUUCGUACAAAUGAGGCGAUUGAUUAUGAGGAUCUUCUCGAGCGUGAGAAUAGUAGCAUAAAGGAUAGUAUUGAAGGGGAUAUCAAAGAUCUCACUGACCCGACUCAAAUUGUCGAUGCUAUUAUGCAAAAGGUUCAAGGAAGUAGAACUCAAGAUUACUUCGUCUCUGCAUUGCAACAUCUUCUCCUCAUCAGAGAUAGCGACAGUGAGGAACGACUAAGAAUGUUUCAACUCGUGGAUUCUAUGCUUAGUUAUGUCGCUAUGGAUAGGAGGCUUCCUGACAUGGACCUAAAGCAGAGUCUCAAUUUCACGGUACAGAGUCUUUUGGAUAAAUUACACACAGAUUCUGAAGCACGACAAGCACUCGAUGAAGCUCUUGAAGCUCGCCAGAUUGCCGAUUCAGCAAUGGCUGAAAGGGAUGAAAUGAGAGCUAGAAUUGAACUUGGUGCGGAUGGACUUGUGGGGAAAUUGCAAAAACAAUUAGAUGAACAAGCACAAAUCAUAGAGGUCCAGCGAAGACAAAUAGAUGCACUGAAGGGUGAGAUGGAAAAUAUUCAAACGGUUCGUGCUAAAGAAGCUCAAAGGAAUGAGCUUGAAACCAGAGAAUUGUACCUCAUGCUCCGCGAUGCACAAGAUAUUGCCGCAUCCAAUGCUUCGAAGGGUGGGGCUGGAUUGGGCGAGACUGAUCCUUCACAUAUGAAAGGUAUUUUGGAUCGCGAACGACUUAUGGAUCGUCUCGAAAUGCAAAUUGAGAGACAAAAGACCCAGUAUAAGCUUGAAGGUAGAGUAUGGGGUGAUGCAGCCGGUCCUUCUGAUCGAUUGAGAGCACUUCGUGAGGAAAUGGACGGUGUAGAUCGUAGGUCGGGUGGAGGUCUCGGAGUUCCACCUGGAGAUUACAGUCACGGCAUCCUUGGAAACGUAACGAGGUCGACUAAGAUACCUAGAAAACCAAUUGGCGCUGAAGGUUUCUCUGAAGGCUCUGACAUGGAAGACGAAGACGGCAUGGUUUAUGAAAAGCCUCGUGUUGUCAAGCUAAGAAGACCCAAGCAAUCCAAGGGCUACUUAGACGAGACCACCAUCGCAAAGUCAAACGUUACGAUGCUAGCGAUGAUGAUGAUGAUGAUGAUGAUGAGAGAUGAUGAUACGACGGACUUCACACCAAGUUCGAGUCGGCCACAAAACUCACGUGAUGAGAAUCUUCAAAGGUCGAUGACCAAAGUCCCGGGAUUCAAUGGACCCCUCCACUCACACCUCCACUAUGCCGAGACAAGGUCUCCAGGAUUCAAUGAGCCAGCUCCUCCACCUCCUCCACCCCCUCCUCCAGGUAUGAAUGCACCAGUUGCCCCCGGAUUUGGUGGGCCUCCACCUCCUCCACCCCCUCCACCACCCCCUGGUAUGCCUGGUAUGCCUCCACCGCCACCUCCCCCGCCGCCGCCUCCUGGAAUGCCUGGCAAGAUGAGUGGACACUUCUUAGCACAACCAUCUUACAAUGCUGCACCAACGCUUGGUAUGGGUUUUGCGAGAUCGAAGAAGAAGCUCAAGGUUAUUCAUUGGGAGAAGGUCGAUACUCCUAUGACAACGCAUUGGGCUGCUCACACACCUACAGCAGCAGAAAAGGAAGCGAAGUAUGCAGAACUUACUCGCAAGGGUGUUCUUGAUGAAGUUGAAAAGUUGUUCUUGGCAAAGGAAAUUAAACAAAUCGGAAAGAGCAACAAGGCCAAGCCAGACAAGAAACAGAUCAUUUCAAAUGAACUUUCGAAAACAUUCCAAAUUUGCCUCUCGAAGUUCUCCUCAUUAAGUCCGGAUAGAAUUGCACAAAUGAUUAUUCAUUGUGACAAAGACGUCUUGGACAAUCCUGUGGUGAUGGAGUUCUUGAUAAGAGACGACAUGUGCAAUAUCCCUGAAAAUACUGCCAAGCUUAUGGCGCCGUAUAGCAAAGACUGGACUGGACCUGAUGCAAAUAAGGAGAACCGAGAAUCAGACCCGAGCGAAUUAACUCGGGAAGAUCAAAUCUAUCUACAGACAGCCUUCGAAUUACGUCAUUACUGGAAAUCUAGAAUAAGAGCACUUUCCCUUACACGUACUUUUGAACAAGAAUAUGACGAGAUUUCCGACAAGCUCAAACAAGUUGUGGCUGUUUCCGAAUCAUUGAGAGACUCGGUUUCCUUGAUGAAUGUUUUGGGGUUGAUUCUUGACAUUGGUAAUUACAUGAACGAUUCCAACAAACAAGCGAGUGGUUCCAAAUUGAGUUCCCUUAGCAAGAUUAGGAAUGGGCCAGGGAUGACAAGAAUGAGUCAACAUUCCGCUGAUCUGGUGGAGCGUAUUGUCCGUACACAAUAUUCUGAAUGGGAAGGCUUCACUGAUGACAUUGGUGGCGUUGUCACAGCACAGAAGUUGAAUGUUGAGCAAUUACAACAAGAUGCUAAACGAUAUAUUGACAAUGUCAAGAACGUUCAAAUGUCACUUGACUCGGGUAAUCUCAGUGACCCGAAAAAAUUCCAUCCACAAGAUCGUGUUAGUCAAGUUGUUCAACGAUCAAUGAAGGAUGCGAGAAGGAAGGCCGAACAGAUGCAACUGUUUUUGGAAGAGAUGAUUAGAACUUACGAUGAUAUCAUGGUCUUCUAUGGUGAAGAUUCUGCUGACGAGAAUGCAAGAAGAGAAUUCUUCGCCAAGCUUGCUAUUUUUGUAACCGAGUGGAAGAAAUCGAAAGAAAAGAACAUGGCUCUGGAGGCCACACGCAAGCGCAACGAGGAAUCGAUGAAACGGAAGCGAGCACAGAUAAAUGUUGGGGCUACAGCAGCUGCUGGACCACCUUCACCAAGUUCCACAGGUGCUAUGGACUCCUUACUUGAGAAAUUACGAGCUGCCGCACCCCAAGCUCGUGAUCAAAGGGAUCGAAGACGAAGAGCACGAUUACAAAAUCGUCACCAAGUUCGUGUUGCAUCUGGUCAGAAAAUUCCUGAUCCAGAUGAAAUCCCAGAAGCCGAAGUAGGACUCAAUAAUGUUGAAUCGGUCAAAACAGAAGGUUUAUUAAGUCCUGAUUUACCGCCACCGAAGGAGGUUGAUAAUGAAACCGAUGAUGUCGCUGACAGAGCGGCACAACUAUUACAGGGAAUGCGUGGAGCGGAUGGUGUCGAUGAAGGGGAAGGAGAUACCACUAGAAGGGAUAGUGCUAGAAGAUCAAGGCGAAGAAAUAAUGCAGAGGAGGAAAGAAAUGAACGAAGAAGGCGUAGACAAAAGGCUAGUAGUGCAUCUGAAACUGCUACACCCGGUGCAGAAGAAGAUACGGCUACUGAAGAAGUAAAAACAAAGGAAACUACGAUCCUCGUACCAGGUUCACCAUUAUCGGAAGAUGGUGAUAGAAUACUUACUCCUACGAUGAUUGUUAGUCCGCCUGAAGUUACGGAAGCGGAGGGUUCCCCACAAAAGCCGAUUGAGUUGGAUGAUUAA